ACUUCAAUCUGCUUAUAACAAUCUUCCCAUAUAUACUAUACUAUUGCUCUUCUGCUUUUUGCUUAAUUUUGUGCACAUCUAUUUCAGUUUGUUACUUCAACACUGCAACAAUGUCCCACGAGCAGAGCUACAGAGCUGGUGAAACCAAGGGCCAAACCCAGGCGAAGGUUGGUCAAACACUGGAAAGCAUGAAAGACAAGGCCCAAGCAGCGAAGGACAAAACUUCGGAGACGGCACAUGAUAAGACAAGUGGAGCAGCUCAGGCAACCCAUGAUAAGACGAGCGGAGCAGCUCAAGCUACUAAGGAUAAGGCAGCUGGAGCGGCUCAGGCAACCAAAGAUAAGACAAGUGGAACAGCUCAGGCUACGAAGGAGAAGGCUAGUGGAGCAGCUCAGGCUACUAAAGAGAAGGCUUCAGAAAUGAUGGAGUCGGCUAAAGAAACGGCUCAAGCUGGUGAAGAGAAAGCUGGGGGAAUCCUCCAGCAGACUGGACAACAAGUGAAGAGCAUGGCUCAAGGUGCUGCUGAUGCUGUGAAGCACACUUUUGGUAUGGCUGAUACUGAUGAAGAUCCUGAUGUUACAAAAGACAAAACUUUAAAUCACUAAACUAGCCUAGUCUAGUGGUUUUUUUUUAAACUUGGAUCUCUUUAAUUUCUUUCUUGAUGGAUUCAAGUAGUCAUGUAUCUUGCGUGUUUAGCAGCUGCUUGUUUGUUUCUUUGAAGUUCCCCCCCUUUUGAGGGGGAUAUAAUAAAACAUUUGCACUUCUUUGUACGUA